AUGAUGAAGAGAGAGAUAAGAGUGUGUCAACAAACGUUGACCUUACUCUGCAAGAACUUUUUUAAAAAAUGGAGAAUGAAAAGAGAGUUUUUGAUGGAAUGGCUCCUUACAUUGUUCCUACUGCUUAUUUUGUGCAUAUUAAUUCCCAGGAGCUAUGAAGUUAAUCAUUUUUCUUCAUGGCAAAGCCUAUCCCUGGGAGAAGUCAAUUCAGUUAAUAUAUCAAGAUUUACUAUUGUAUACACACCUCAGACUGAAACAACCAAACAGAUAAUGAUGAAAGCAGCCUCAGCACUCCCCUUGAGAGGUAUAGAAGUCUUAGAUGAAGAAAGCAUGAAUUUUCCAUCAUACUAUGAUGAGGAAAGAGUAAGAGUCACUUUUACUACUACCUACUCUUAUCAUCUGCAAUUCUUGCCCGGACCCAGAAUCCACCAAGAACACAGUGACCACACAGCUCAUUGUUAUGGAACUUACUACUGUACUGAGUGUGAAGUUUCAAAAUUCUGGAAUGAAGGUUUUGUGGCUCUUCAAGCUGCCAUUAAUGCAUCCAUAAUAGAAAUCACAACACAUCACCCAGCGAUGCAGCAGUUGAUGUCAAUGACUGGAGAACUCAUGAGGCAAUACCCCUUCAUUGGUCAAACAGGACUCAAAAUCAAUAUCUUCAGUUUUUUCUGCAUUGUUUCCUUUUCCCCACUCAUCUGUUAUGCAACUAUGAAUGUCACAAAAGAGCACAAGAAGAUGAGAGGCUUGAUGACCAUGAUGGGUCUUCGAGACUCGGCCUUCUGGUGA